AUGGAUCAUCCCACUACCCCACAACACCAAAAAGAGGAUUUCCGUACGUUUAUCACAAGAGUGAACGUCAAAUUUGGUCUCGAGAUUCCCCUCCCUGGAAUUGAAUCUCCUACAGUUCGAGAGAGAAAUACCAGCCUCCCGAGUCAGAUCUACAAGCAUAUCCGCCCACUGUUCUUCAAUAACAAGGUCGACAAGAGAAGCCUAAUUAACAAUCUCGAGGAAUGGGUCCGCGGGAACCUACCGUUGGCCGGUCCGAACCAGAACCAUGUGCAUCAAACCGAUGCAGAUCGCCGGGCAAGCCAACGGCAUCACAGCGAGGAACCCGCGCCCCCGCUGUCACUCACCGGCCCCGAGAAGGACAUGUGCAUGAAGCAGCUGCUAGCGCUGAUGAAAGACGAGGAAUAUUUUUUGGCGAAUGGUCGUGUUGUAAACAUGAAAAAAAGGUUAGCCGCCAAUUCUUUUGGAGACGCCAAGGGCUUAUCACCAAAGAAACAAAGGUUUGAUGAUGAUGAAGAUGAAGACGAAAACGAAAACUUUCACACCGCACCGAAUUCCCCCGUAAAAGGAUCUGUGUUAGCUCAGUCCCCUUUGGGGAAGAAUGGGGAUGGGAGUUUACAAUUCCCUGAGAUGGUGCAGGCUACCUUCCGAGGAUCUCGAAGAGUCUCUGGGACUGUCAACUUGCCGGUCAAUAGCCAUCAAGUAAUUCAGUCUCCUGCGCGGGGCUCGGUUGGAAUUACAUCACCAGCAAAAAGUCAAGUUCACUCGUCGCUCGGAAGGAACGAUGGACCUAUCCAGUCCUCUGGAAAUAACAAAGAAACCUUCCAUUCACCGGCGAAGUAUUCGGCGACCUUUCCCCCACCAGCCAAGGCACAACCAGCACAGGGCCAAGGGUUUCACCAACCGCUCCCUGGAAAAGUGGUCACUAAAUCAGCGUCCAAGCCCCAAGGCAAUGUUCCCACCCCGACGAGGAAGUCGACCAGCACUUCGUCGCUAGCGAAGACUCCAGGAGCUGCCCAAUCACCCGCGAGGAACCCUGGAUCUGUUCAAUCGCCCUCUAAAACACCAAGAUCAGCCAAAUCACCCUCCCAAUCGCCGUUGAAACAGAUGGAUCUUCGAUCGUUUGGGUUUGGGAACAGCUUCAACAAAGAAAAUUCUCCUACCGAGGAGGAUGUUGAGUUUAGGAAGCCUACUUUAUUUGAAAAGCUGAGCGCAGCAUCGGAUAAAUCCAAGCGCAACAACAUGACGCAGUCGGCCAAUACUAGCUUUUCAACGAGGAUGACUUCGUCGGUUUUUAUGUCUCGAGAUGCCAGCAUGGCGAAAUCAUUUGAUACGGUCAUGACAGACAUGACCGAGCCAAUGGAUACCCAGUCAACCUAUGCAGACUCGGUCGUCGGGUACAUGGCUAGCGAAGAGAUGCAAAGGAGCGUGGAUGCUGCUGCUAUCUCCAUGAUGGUAAAUGCUGACCCCGCUGAGACCGAGUAUUCCCUGAAACAGGAGUUUAUUGAUGAACUCCAGUCCUACGGGCCGUUUUCGACAGAAGAAUCCUUUCCUGCAACAAUUCCAUUGCGAUUCCGAUAUGAGCUGGAACGCAUUGGACGUGCGUGGGGAAUCCCCUUUAAACAAAUACUUGUUGGCGACCGUGUUACCUUCAACACUCAAGAUGAUUUCUGGUCAUGGGUCAGUGGGCUUGGUCGACGUUAUGGCCAUCCGUUGCCAGAGAGAUCCCCACGUCGGACCUGGGAUGCUGCUGUUGGUGAUUUUAAAUCAGAUAAGCACUCAGAGGUGGUGGUACUGUCAGGAGACUUGGACUGGUGUAGCGAGUCCGAGCCGGGCAUUUUCAAAUUGAGACUCAACCCGCUCAAGCCAGAGCGAACGUGUCGAUUCCAUCGAAGAUUUGGUUCGGAUAGGUUCCUGACUCUCACUAUUCCAGCCGCGGAUCAGCCUCCCAGCCAUCAGAAACAACCUUCUUACCCAUCUGCCCUCCGCGAGGGUAUUGCUUCCUGGCUCACGCGGAAUGAUCAUCAUUGCCUCGGACGGACGUGGCGCGCUUUCUAUGUUGAAGAAGUAAAAACGAAGCGAAAAGCCAAGGGUGAGCCUCGGUUUCGAGUCGAGCUCUUUGCCAUUGAUGGAGACGACUUUGAUCAUGGGUAUCAGUUACCACCAGUAGUGGCUCCUCCUAGACAGCAAAGCGACAACCAUACUCCGAUGAGUGUAGAUGCUUUGCUGGAAUGGCAUAUGCCCAAGACUGCGAAUGCAAAUCAAAGCAAUUGCAAGCUCUUCCAGCGUAUCUCUCUGGGCUUGUCGAAGACAUUUGCGACGGUUAAGUUGAAUCCAACGCAAGUGCUUCGUUUGAGAGAUGAUCCAACUCGGACUGUCAUGAAUGAUGGAUGUGCCUUGAUCUCGAGGGCUCUUGCGAACCAAAUUUGUGAUCAAUUGGGCAUAACCACCGCCACGCCUAGUUGCUUCCAGGGUAGAAUAGCAGGUGCUAAGGGCCUUUGGAUGGUUGAUCGCCACCAGUCUAGUAUCACUACCAUGGAUGACGAUGACAUGUGGAUUCAGAUUUCGGACUCACAGUUGAAAAUACAUCCUCAUCCACAGGAAUGGGUUGACCCGUUUGACGAUGAGAAGUUGACCUUCGAAGUAGUUAACUGGGCUAAGCCAUUGCACCCUGUUGAUCUUAAUAUCCAGCUUCUUGGAAUUCUGGAACACGGAGGGAAUGUGAAGGAAUAUAUUGCCAAGCUCACGCGUGAUGGUGUACAGAGUCUUUACGACGACUUCCUUGAGGUUCUCCGAUCAAAUAGCCCCGUGCUUUGUCGAGCCCUGCUUCAAAAACUGACACCUUACGGUGAAGAUGGAACUGGUAAAGCCCGACGACUGGAGCAGUGGGUGACUAGUGAUGCUGAGUCUAUCAUUCGUUUCUGUGAGGCUGGCUUUGCCCCACGCGAUUUCUUUCCCCUCCGGGUGAAUAUCCGCAGAUACUUGACACGGCUCCUUGAGCGACAUGUCGAAGAGCUUAAAAUUCAGGUCCCUCUUUCAACCUAUGCGUACUGCAUUGCGGACCCAUAUGGAGUUCUCGGACCGAAUGAAGUUCACUUUGGCUUCUCCAAUAACUGGCGGGAUCCACAGGGUCAGUUUGAAGACAACCUACUUGAUGGAGUAUAUGUGCUUGUAGGUCGAGUUCCAGCACAUUUGCCGUCUGAUAUUCAACGACGCAAAGCCGUAUGGAAGAAUGAACUACGUCAUUUCAAAGAUGUGAUUGUCUUCCCCACUACGGGGAAUUUUCCUUUAGCCGGUAUGCUAUCCGGGGGAGAUUACGAUGGUGACACCCCGUGGAUCUGCUGGGAUCCAACCAUUGUCGACAGAUUCCAUAAUUCCCCAAUGCCCUCGCAUGAGUAUCCUGCAGAGCAUUACGGGCUCACGAAACAUUCCGUCCCGAUGGCCUCGCUGAAGUCGACGGAAGACUUUUUGGAAAGUGUGUUCGAUUUCAACCUCAACCUUUCAAACCUGGGUCGAUGUACCGUCGAGCAUGAGAAACUGGCAUACGAUGAGUCAGUCAACUAUCCGAAAGCGAAAGAGCUCGCCUGUCUCUUGGGUCAUCUUGUGGAUGGCCGGAAAGGCGGAGUUCAUCUUUCAGAGCAAGCCUGGCAAGAAUACCGCAAAACCAUCAGCCCUAAGGAACGUGCGCUUCCCGCGUAUCGGAACCCAGAGCGCAAGUCCAAAUCGUCGAACAUUAUCGACUACCUCAAGUUUAACGUCGCACAGUCGGAGCUUUGCAGAAUUCUCUCGGGUCUCAACGAAGCGUUCCCCGAGAACGAUGUCCAAAAUCAGCUCGAUGAUGACCUUAUGCGUCCGUGGAAUGAAGCCGAUAAAGCAUCAAAAAGCAAUUCCGAGUACAGUCAAGAUUUAAAAGAUGUCCUCGCUGAAGUUCGAAGGUCGAUAGACGAACAAUACAAACAGUGGAACCAAGGACACUCGACGUCUACCAGCGACGAAUUCUCUCCCAUAUCACGUCAAGCUGCCGAGAUUGCAGCUGCGCUCGCUCCUCCCAACACGGGCAAACAUCCUCUCAUCCACACUUGGCAAAAUAGCCAUAAUGAGUGGCGACGGCUGGUAGCUUCAUAUGCCUACCGUCGAUGUCCAAACUCUCGGUUUAUUCUUCAUGCCUUUGGCGAGACAUUGUGCCAGAUCAAGGCGUCCGUCUCGCCAUCCCGCCUUGUCACCAAUGAGGUGAUCGCCUGCUACCGAGUGAAUCAGAAAAUGGUGGCACAUCUCACUGCUAAUGAAUGGCCUGUGGAUGAAGUCGACGAUACAGAUGAAUAUGAAGACGGAGAAGCCAUUGAAGCUAUGCUAUCCUUCUAG